AUUCACUCCAAUCUGGAUAAAACGCGUAAUAAUCCUAUUUAUUUAUCUGAUGCACAAAUGAAUAGUGAUAAUCACGAUGAAGAUUAUUUGAAAGACUUUAAUUGGCAAUCAAAUCAACAAUACAGAAUGGAAAGUGACCCAAUCAAAAAUCAUAUUAGUUUAACCGAAUGGCUUGCAACAAAUGAUUUACCAGAUUCUAAAACGUUAAGUGCAUCCUAUGAAAACUAUAUGUACUCAAAUAAACACAUAAUGCAUUGUUUAAAUGGAUGGAAAUUUUAUCAACAUCGUUGUUAUCGACUAUAUGAAAAUAAGAAAAUGACUUGGGAAGAAGCACGAAAUUAUUGUGAACUGCAAGACGGAUUUCUGACUAGUAUUACAGAUGAGACAAAUUUGAAAUGGUUAGCUGAAAUAUUUCAAACACGCAAACCAUUCUGGAUAGGUAAGUUUUGCUAUGGCGUUAUUUCAGGAAAGACUGAAAUGCAUAAAUAAACGUUUUUUCGGUAAUUUAACACAAAUUCCAUUUGCGAAUUGAUCAGUAAUAUAUCCAAAACUAUUCUUAAGUUAAAUUCACGAGAGCAUUGAAGUUAUGCUGUACAGCAAUCGUUAAAACAUCAAGAGGCUAUCAAGAU